AUUGGAGUAUUUGAAAAAGGAUCAAAUAAUUCGUUUCUGAUUGACUUUUUGCAUUUAAUAAUUAGCUAACUUUAAGUGGUAGACCUUGAUUUAAAGCCUUGAAAAAUGUUCUAAAUAAAAGCUAAUAUUUAAAUUUCGAGAUAAUUGCCUUAUUUUCUUCCCUUUUCUGUUUACCUUAUCUUCCCUUUCGGUCGAAUUCGCGUGACACCAUCUCGCUCGCACCCGUGCUAAUGUCAAGCUGCGUCUGCGCUGCUCUUUUUGCUUACUUGCUCUCUCCCGUUAUUGCUCGUCCGCCCCCGUUAAUCGUUAUCCUUUUCGUUUAGCCAUUCGGUUGUUACGUCCUUUGCUGCUCAACAGUUUCCUGCCAACGUCCCGUUACGCCACACCGUUACGUUAUCCCAACCAGAAUCACGGGAUAGCGAAAUAAUCGGUCUUUAAAUAGGUUUUAAUGCAACCACCUGCAACCGUUAAUUAAGGGAUAAUAGGAUUAUAAUCCCCACGCGUCCUCCCGCGACCAUCAUCGGUCGGAGUUAAUCAUUAUUUCUUUGUUUUAUUUUAGUGCGACUUCAUUUUUUUCGCGAGUGUUUUCUUCGGUUAUAUAAGUGAGUUUUGACGUGCAACCAAAAUAAGAAAAGACAUUUUAGCAAUCAAAAAGGAUAUUCUUCGCCAUUUAAAAAGGCGCAAAAAAACAGCUAGCGGCACUGCGAUGGCGUCUACUACUAAUGCACCGUUAUCACCUGCAAUUAAGCACUAACAAAAGCACCACCUAACCAUAGUAAAAAAAAACAAAAUAAAAACCAGAAAUAAGCUAUUAAAAAGAAACCGAAAAACACAGCCAACCACAAGGGGUUAACAUGCGUUAUAUUUAGCCAUCCAUAAAAGUAUGCUACAAGAAAUAUGUCCAGUGAGUUGCUAGUUACUUGAUCGAAACACCAAGUGGCGCCGAAAAACGUGAAAACUGACGGAAUAUUUGCACAAUUCGGAAACGGAAGUGAUAAAGAGCACACUUAGAGGCACCCACAUACAGACAUAUAGAAAUACACACAGCACCCAUAAGCACACAUAUAAUAAAGAGUAAUAAUUAAUCGAAAUAAUAAUAUAACGCAAUCAUGGCCAACACAGCUCAGUUAUUGCGCCGUCAAAGCUCCCGGGAUAUAGUCCUCAAAAGCCAGAAGAGCAUUGAUCAGCUGGAAUUAAGGGAACUGCGAGGUCGCCUGGUAUCAAAGGAGCAUGGCGUUAGCCAUCACCAUCACACAUCGCUUCACCACCACCAGCCACUCUAUGGAGCCACUAAUCAGGGCUUCAUGUCGGAUGCCUUCGACGAGUCCUCGGAACUGGAACAGGAUCCUCCGCCCUUUGGAUCCGAGGCAAGCACCUCAAAGGCCAAGGCUGAACUGGUGGCCAAUGCCUCGUCCACAGCGGAUCAGCAGGACAUCGUCGAGGGCGAGAAGGAAGGCGAGGAGCGUGAGAGUUGGGACAGCAAGAUCAUGUUUCUGCUGGCCACCAUUGGCUAUGCCGUUGGCCUGGGAAAUGUGUGGCGUUUCCCGUAUUUGGCCCAGAAGAAUGGCGGCGGAGCCUUCUUGGUGCCGUACUUCAUAAUGCUGUGCAUCCAGGGCAUACCGAUUUUCUAUCUGGAACUGGCAAUUGGCCAGCGGCUGCGGAAAGGAGCCAUUGGCGUUUGGAGUCAGGUAUCGCCAUAUCUGGGCGGUAUCGGUAUCUCCUCGGCGGUGGUUAGCUACAUAGUGGCAUUGUACUAUAACACCAUAAUCGCCUGGUGUCUGAUCUAUUUGCUGCAUAGCUUCGAAUCACCAUUGCCAUGGGCAGAUUGUCCCACAAGAUUGUAUAAGAACUUUACCUACGAUCAUGAACCGGAGUGUGUGGCCUCGUCACCCACGCAAUUCUAUUGGUAUCGCACCACAUUGCAAUGUUCGGAAAGUGUGGAUAUGCCCGAGAACUUCAAUUAUCACAUGGCUAUAGCGUUGAUUGUAUCCUGGUUUUUGGUCUACAUUUGCAUGGUACAGGGAAUCACGUCGUCGGGCAAAAUCGUCUACAUGACGGCCAUAUUCCCAUAUGUGGUCCUCAUAAUAUUCUUUUUUCGUGGGAUUACAUUAAAAGGAGCUGCCGAUGGGGUGGCCCACUUGUUUACACCUCGAUGGGAAACACUUUUGGAUCCAGUUGUUUGGCUAGAAGCCGGCACCCAAAUCUUUUUCUCGCUUGGAUUAGCCUUCGGCGGUCUAAUAGCUUUCAGUUCAUACAAUCCGGCGAACAAUAAUUGCUAUAGGGACGCCAUUCUCGUAUCGCUGACCAAUUGCGGGACCUCUAUGUUCGCCGGAGUUGUGGUGUUCUCGGUAAUUGGGUUCAAGGCCACGGCGACCUUUGAUCGCUGCACCGAAGAACGAAAUGGACUAAUGGCCCAGAACAAGACUCAAAACCUGCCCAUUUGCGAUCUGCAAACGGAACUGGCCAAUAGUGCUUCGGGCACAGGAUUGGCUUUCAUUAUUUUUACGGAGGCGAUUAAUCAGUUUCCGGGUGCUCAACUAUGGGCCGUCCUGUUCUUCCUGAUGCUUUUCACCCUAGGAAUCGACUCGCAAUUCGGGACCCUAGAGGGUGUGGUCACAUCGCUGGUGGACAUGAAACUAUUCCCCAAUUUGCCUAAGGAAUAUAUUGUGGGGGUGCUGUGCUUUUCGUGCUGCCUGAUUUCCAUGUGCUUCGCCAAUGGAGCUGGUAGUUAUAUAUUCCAGUUAAUGGACAGUUUCGCCGGCAAUUUCCCGCUGCUGAUUAUCGCGCUUUUCGAGUGCCUGUCGAUAAGCUAUAUUUACGGGGUUCGCCGGUUCUCUGAUGAUAUAGAAAUGAUGACAGGAUCGCGGCCAAGUUUCUAUUGGAUGUUCUGCUGGAAGUAUCUGUCGCCAUGUGCUAUGGUCACCAUCCUGCUUGCUUCAUUCUAUCAACUUCUGACCGAGGGCAGUAGUUAUCCGGCAUGGAUUGGUUCCAAGGGAGCCGCCGAGGCCAUGGAAUGGCCACACUGGUGCAUCGUCGUUGCCUUCUUCCUUAUCCUCUCGUCCAUCCUGUGGAUUCCCAUUGUUGCGGUGCUGCGUUUGUGUGGCAUCAAAGUGGUGGAGGACUCAGAUCCCGCCUGGUUCCCCGAGGCGGAACUAAGGGAAGUCCACGGAAUUGUGCCCCACGAACCAACCGAAUUGGAGCGUAGCAUUUUCUGCUUCAACAUGGACGGAACGGAGGGUAUGUGCUGCCCCAAAUAUGGACUACCCGAAAAGUCUCUAGAAGAGGAGGAGUAAGC